UCCCAACCAAGCCUUCGCAAAAGGCUCCCCCUUCAUGUACAUCCUGCACUGGGUCAUCGGUUCUAUGGUAAACAUGAGCCCGGAGUUUACUCGAGCCGUAUGUAAGCUCAGAGUGAUGAUCAUGGUCCGGUUCACGUUUGAUGGGGUCGAGAUGGAUAAUGGGGCGGAUUGUCGGUUUUUCUUUCUGCUUGUGAAACGGGACGCGAGGUGGGGGUUUUGCUUCUUCACGCUCUUGUUGUUUGAUAUGGAUCGGUUUGUGCCUGUUCAUCCCGUGGAGGAGGCCGAGAGGUUCCCUGCUGGGUAUCGGCAUUUGGCAUGGGCGGAGAGUAGGACUGGGGUGGUGCCGAAGUUGAACUUGGAUAGUCACGGGCUGGAGAGGGAUGUUUUGUAUCGGAAGUGUAGGGAUUGGUUGGAGAGGGCUAUUAGGCCGGAUUUGACGGGGAAGGAUUUUGCGGAUUGGGAGGUUGAGUAGGUAGCUUGGAGUCGAUAAUGCCCGGAUGUGCUAGCAGGUGACUGUCGGAAGUGGAUACGUUCAUGCUGUUAU